UCUCACAAAAGUGUGUUCUUAGAGCUAAUAAAUUUCAAAUUGCACUUCGUGUGCAGGCCAGAAGAUCUGCGGGGACCUUUUGGCCAAUUUGGUUGCCUCAAGGACAUCUACCUGCCUCGAGAUUAUUAUACUGGGGAACCACGUGGUUUUGGAUUUGUCCAGUAUCUGGAUCCUGCUGAUGCUGCUGAUGCAAAAUAUCAUAUGGAUGGUUAUGUUCUUCUUGGCCGAGAACUUACUGUUGUUUUUGCUGAGGAAAAUAGGAAGAAGCCUUCAGAAAUGAGGACAAGAGAUCGUGUAAGGGGUCGGGCAUAUAGGCGUUCACCAGUUCGUUAUUCUCGGUCACCACGAUAUGCUCAAAGUUACUCCCGGGGUCCAGACUAUUAUUCUCCUUCUCCUAGGCGAAGACGUUACUCAAGAUCAAUUUCACCCAGACAUAGGAGAUAUAGAGGGCGAUCUUGCUCGAGGUCACCCUAUCACUCAAGGAGUCCAAGCCGGAGCUUUAAUAGGAGCAGGAGCCAAAGUCUGGACUAUUCUACAUGACUGAUUUGAAGGUGUCUGGGUUAGUAUGUGUCAAGAGAUAUAUCUCUAUACUAGUUGUCUGGAUAAAUAGUUUGAUUUUGCUUCAGCAUGUAUGACUGGUUAAAAAGUUGAUUAUAUAGUUUAUAGUGCUCAUUGUGGUCGUAGUAAUAAUGUUUAACACAGACAUGCUAUUUUGAAUCUUCUAUGUUGACAAUGAUUGUCAUCCUUAAAUGAUCUUUUUUAAAUUUUUUCGUUUACCAGUGUCGUCGUUUCUUGCACAGGCUAUUAGAUGCUUGUUUGUGUUGGAAUCAAUAUGUUGAUAUACAGUUGAUCUUUUUGAUUGUUCUUUGUUA